GAGGUGUUUAUUGUUAUGUAGCUGGGUGGAUGGAGCGCUUCUCCUCCCGGUUUACUGAUCUUCAUCUUCUUUUUUUUUUAUUAUAAAGCUGGUGACGAUGAUGAUGUCUUAUGAUGAUGAUUAUGUAGCUAAGGCGUGUCAUGCUGGAUGACAUGGACUCUUCGGACUGGGUUUGGAGGGGCUUUCAGAAUGGAAAGGCGACGCGUCGGAAAGCGGGGAGAAGAGGCGAAAGCGCGAGCGCGCAGGGUCGUGCGGAGGACAGCCGUGACCGGAGGAGCGCGUGCUUUCUAGAGGGACCGCGGGACCCACCGAUUAGAUCGUCGGCGUCGCCGUUGCGUGUCGCUCGCGCCUGAAACGUGACCGCGAUCCACCGGUUUAACGCUUUUGUCUCGUCUGGCCGGUGUGUGUGUGUGUGUGUGUGUGUGUGUGUGUGUGUGUGUGUUGAACCACAAGACCACGUCCCCCCCCCAUCAAGAUCAAUGGUUCUACAAGUGGCGUCCCGUGUAGCGCAGACCCAGGUGUGUGUGUGUGUUGGAAAGAGAAACAGCGUGAGGUAGGGAGAUCUGGAUUGUGAAACAUUUACGUAAUUAAUAGGCGAUUAAAGAAGGAGGGAGUGCGCGUGCGAUCCGGUUAAUGACCUCACGAUUCAUUAGGGCGUUUGAAUUACACUUGUGACGUCACUCUGCCCUGGACAGCAUGAGGGAGGUUGCGUUCGGAAUCGUCACCAAAUAAAACCUGGGACUUGGACUCGCUCGGUUUUGUUUAUUAUUUAUUCCCGUGUUGAAAUCAUAGAAACAUUCAGUAAAAAUGGACACCGGGAUUCAGAGUUCCGCGGAGCAUUUCGGGCGCGAGCCCAGCGCCCCGGGUGUGUGCGCGGAAAUGCUGGAAGUGGCUGAAGAGGCAUGCCGCGCCGGGGAUUACGAGCUGGCCGUCGAGAUCUACUCGUCCCAGCUGUCCGAGCUCCACAAGCCCGACCGGGGACUUUGUCUCCGCAAAGCGGACGCUCUGGCCCGCGCCGGGCGGAUCGCCGAGUCUCUGGACUCGUACUGCGUCGCCGCGGACCUGCAGCGGCUCCGAGCGGAGGAACUGCGGCCGCUGGUCGAGAGCAUCGCGCGCUCGCUCCGCGCCAAGGAGCCCCCGCAGCCGGCGGCCGCCACCUGCUUCGACCGGGACGAGCUCGAUGACGGUGGCGGCGGCCUGCACGAUAUGUUCUCGUGCCGAAUCUGCCGGGGUCUGCUGUCAGAGCCCACCACGCUCGUGUGCGGCCACACGUACUGCAAACGGUGCUUGGAGGACACCGUGGUCCACGAGUGCAUGUCGUGCCGCGCCAGUCUGAGCGGAUCAGGGUGCACCAGCGGCCUCCGGGCCAACGUGAUCCUCAGCGGCCUGCUCGACAAGUGGUUCGAGGCGGAGAGUAAAUGCAGGAGGUUCUGGCUCGAGGGGGAGAGCUUGUGGAAGAAACAAGAGCUGCAGGGUGCCCUGGAGAAGUAUAACCAAGCUGUGGAAAUAGCGUCCUCUAUCGCUAGGUUGCUAGCACAGCGGGCUGAGCUGAACAUGGACAUGAAGAACUUCAACCAAGCAAUCCAUGACGCAGAUAGUGUGUGUCGGCUUCUACCAACUUCACCAAAGGCCUACUACCUUCGAGCCAAAACGCUUUGCUGUGCAGGCCGCAGAGAAGAGGCAUUACAGGAGUAUUUUAUUUGUGUAGCACUCAAGCCAGACUGGACAUGUGUUAAAGCCGAGGCACAGAAGAUCUUGAGCGAGAUGUUUUCGUCUAUCUUUCAGAACGACAGUCUGGUCACUCGCCUUCAUCCGCUUCAAACCACAAGCUCAUCCCCUCGCAUUAAACCUUCAUCACUCCUCAGCUCUCUUCACUUUCCUCUGAUGAGGGACAGAGCAAGAGCUGGCUGCUCCAAAGAUCCUGCGCUCAGUAGUAAUAAAGCUUGUGAAAGGUCAAGCUCCUUGUCCUCAAAUCAGCCAGAGAGCAGCAGAGAAGAAUCCAAAAGCCUGGCAGCUGUGCUCUCCUCUUUCCCUGUAGCUCCUAGUGUUAAGAGAAAGUGCUUGGAUGAUGACAGUGCCUUUGUGCCUCCCAGCAAGAUUCUCAAAGCAGAUCCAUCCAGCUCCUCACAGACAACUCCUGUUCCACACGGGGCGAGGAUAGUGCCGUCUCAUCUUUUGGACAGUGCGGAUAUGGAAUGCUCUCUGUGCAUGAGGUUGUUCUACGAGCCUGUCACCACUCCCUGUGGACACACCUUCUGUCUCAAGUGUUUGGAACGCUGCCUGGAUCAUAACCCCAACUGCCCUCUAUGCAAAGAGAAUCUUUCAGAGUUUCUGGCCACAAGAGGGUAUAAGAAGACCUUCCUGAUGGAGGAAGUCAUUCACCGCUACCUGCGCGAAGAGCUGGAGGAGAGGAGGAAAGUGCACGAAGAAGAAAUGAAAGAACUGUCAAACUUGAACCAGGAAGUUCCUAUCUUUGUGUGCACCAUGGCGUUUCCCACAAUCCCUUGCCCGCUGCAUGUAUUCGAGCCACGCUACAGGCUGAUGAUCCGCAGGGCCAUGGAGACUGGAACCAAGCAGUUCGGCAUGUGCAUUUCAGACGAGCUGAAAGGGUUUGCCGAUUACGGUUGCAUGCUGGAGGUGAGAGACGUGAAGUUCUUCCCUGACGGACGCUCCGUGGUCGAUACAAUCGGCAUGUCUCGCUUUAGAGUGCUCAGCCAUGGCCAGAGAGACGGAUACAACACAGCCAAGAUAGAAUAUUUGGAGGAUAAAAAGGUGGAAGGAGAGGAAUUGACCGAGCUUCUGAAGCUGCAUGACUCCGUGUACGAUCAGGCCACAGCCUGGUUCACGUCUCUGAAAGACAACAUGAAGAGCCAGAUCCUUAGUCACUUCGGUCACCUGCCUGCCAAAACCCCUGAGCCACAGAGGAACCCCAGCGGGCCGGCAUGGUGCUGGUGGCUGCUGGCUGUGCUGCCUCUCGAGAACAAAGCUCAGCUCACCAUCCUCGCCAUGACCUCACUGAAAGACCGACUCAUCGCCAUCCGCAGAGUGCUCAUCUUCGUCAGCCGGAAGCGCCCCCGAUGACCACGGUCUUCCUCGAUCAGCACUGUCAUAGUCACUAUUGCUUCAGGAGCCACAAAGACAAAGGUAGCGGGCCACUGAAGAAGCUUGUCGAGUCUCAUCAUCUCUUCCGCGUACAGUCCGUGUUCAUUUACAAAAGAAAAAAAAAACUGAAUGAUUUGACUGUAGCUAAAGAAAAAAACUCAAAGAGGAAGCCCUGUGCUGAUAACCAAAUGCUGUGAACAUGCCACUCCUGCUUUGUGCCUCGUACAUGUUUAAGGCCGACCAAAUGCAUCUCAUGGGCUUCCGGUAUUUUUUUUUAUUACUGGUCCACUGGCCUGCUUGUGGUUCACAAAUCAUGUAAUAGUUAAGCCUACACACCUUUUUGUUUUAUUACCUCUUUUAAAAAUAGGUCUCGCAAAACCACAAAGUCUUCAUUAAGUUACCACCGCACAUGAUGCACGGUGGUGAAGAUUUAUUACAGCUUUGCUUGAUCCCGGUUUAGAAAGAAAUAAAUGUGAAAGGGAAAAAUGUCAAUUCUGUACUUGUGCCAGCGUGUCAUCUGCUGUCACUGGUAAUUGCUCAAUUGUUUGUGUUCCAAACAUGUUUCCGUUAAAAUACUUCAGCUCAGUAAUUUGAUCAAGAACACCAAAAUGACACAUUUCACAACCACCACCUGAACAUAUCUCAAAUCUUUCUCGUUAAGGAAAAGGUCAGAGUUUGUCAACACGUUGUCAAAAUGGCCACCAUUCUCCUGCACAGUCAAAUUGUCCAAAAAAAUAUAAAUAAAAAGCCAUUUACAAGUGCUGAUUAUUAAAAUACAAACGACAGUCAAGUCAACUCAUAGAACAGAUAUGACCGAAUGAAUCCCCAAGCCACCACCACUACACACACACACACACACACACACACACACACACACACACACACACAGAUAUUAGCGUGAGAUCAGUAGACAAGUGAAUUUGACCUCACAACGAGAGACAGACUUAUUUUCCUGUUCUAAUUCCUUAAUGUUUAGCAGGAUUAUUGGUUCUAAGCGGGUUAUAAAUGUAGGGGUAGGUGGGGUGCUGAGUGGAUGGAAUUGACAUUCCCCCCCCCCUUCCUGUUCUCUUGUAUUUCACUUCAGGAAAGCCUGUAGAUUUAAUAAAAGGUGAAUGGUUUUCCCAUAAUGCAAUUGGCAUAAAUUGUACUGAAAUGUAAUGUGAUGUGUUACUGAAAAGCUUUAACUUUGAUCUCUGAUUGAUUUAUCAACUAUAUUUCGUUUACAUUUUGCUUUUGUAUGUCGUUCAGGCCAAUUCAAGUUGCUGAUUAAACAAAAAAUAUACUGUGAUUUUCCCCAGAAUGACUAUUGCACAAGUAUCACAUAAUAAGAAAACGCUGGUCAUUUAGGUUCGGAAAAUUGACUGUAUCGAUAAUGCGAAUGAUUCCAGGUACUUUACAGCGUUAAAUAUAGAGUGUAUUUGGCUUUAAAUACGGAUCAUCUUUCACAAACAUUCCCCAGAACCUUUUCUUAUUGCAUACGGUAGAUGCACUGUGAUGAAGUUAGCUUUAUAUGCAUUUGGUCAUUUGGGAGACGACCGAACCAGGAGCUGCCGGUGUCACUUCAGGAUUCAUGAUUCGGUGAUGAAUAAAAAAUGAACCACAAAGCAUUGCACAACAUAAUGUCCUGUUUCCACAGAAAAAUUAUUGUAGCUCAUAUCAUUCAUUUUGAAGUUAAAGUCAGAACAGAGCAUCUCUUUUACUUUCUUUCUCAGGUUGCAAAAAGAGUCUUUAAUUCCUCAUUUUUGAUGGAUUCAGCGUUGAUCCCUGAUCCAAAAAAAAAAAAAAAAGAAGAAGAAAAUAUCGAGUCCACUACUUUUACCUUGUAAUUUCUAUGCACCUUUAACUAAUGUUUCUGUGCAGUGAGCCGUUUGUGCAACUUUACCUGUUGAUAAAGGUUUGCGAUUACGUGUGUACAGACAAAUUCGAGGCCUUGGACUGACCAUUUCUUUUAUUUUAUUCCUUUACGUUUUCCACUGUGACUGAUUUCUUCCUUUUUUUUGUGUGUGUGUGAUGUGCAAGACUCUUUGUGUAGCUCCUCUUUUCUCUUGUAGCAUCUCCUCCUGGUUACUGCAAAAAUGCUGCAUUUUUAUGUCGAUUUGUACGUUCUGAUGAAAUUAAACUUAUUUUAUAUUUUACAUCAAAA